GUGAAGGCAAUUUCUGCUCCGAAUCUGUGACACGUCAGAAAUCAGUUUGGAUUGCACUGGUUGUAUCCAAAAAUGCCGGUAAAUCCGGCCCCAAAUGGUCCAUCGGCCAGUGUAUUAGCUUAUAACGGAGAUUCUCCAAGGGGAUGGAACGAUCCUCCGACUUUCGCUUUUUCGAAAAGUACUGGCUCAAGACCGAAACUCGAUUUGAGAAAACGCGUUUCUCAUCAACAAGCUUUACAUGGCACCCAGACACCACCUUAUAGUCCAGCUACACCUCCUUCUACUUACGGUAUUUCUGGUGCUGAAGUUACAGAUAGAAUGGCUAGUUUAAGUUUACAUUCUUCACCUGUUACAACWGGAGCAGUAUCUUCUCUUCCUCCAUCUAUCACUCAACCACAACAACCUGAAACGAUGCACAAUCAUCCAUCGGUGCCACUUUAUACRCCAACAACUAUAACACCCACAACUUAUGCAGUACAUGAUCACCAUAGAAGUCUCAGUUUACCAACAGUAUUUAUGCCGCCAGCAGUUUCUCCAGCUCCUGCUGCUAACUCACAUGUAGACCCCAUUAGUACACCAGAUAUACAUCAGGCAUCAAUAGUGCCAGGCCAAGAAAACAUAACACCGGGAUAUUUGGGUCAGCCAUUGUUUGACUUAAAGAAUCACUCAUUUGAACCGGUGAGAACGCACAAUGGUGUACGAUCAACAGCUGAAAUUGGAGAUCAUUUGGAUGAUCAUGGRCAUAGUGGACCACAAAUAUUUCAUCCAGUCCAUCAAGCCGUGACUAAUGGUGCCCACUCUACAACACCACCAGURGGUAAUAUCACACCUCCAUURGGGACACAACAACCUGGACGUAUAUCUCCUCUGUCGAAAGGUCCUCGUGCAAUAUCACCUCAUCCAGCUAUUCCUGUGGCACUGCAACCAUCACGUCCCAUCAUGACUAGUGCUUUAUCUCAACCURUUAUGCCUAUAACAAGUACACUAGCUMAUCCGACAUCUAUGAACACUGCAACCAACAUAAAUCCRAUAGCUGUAAACCCAGGGGUUAUCUCUGCUCCACCUCCUGUUGGCUGUUUCCCACCCAGUGGGCCUCCUCCUCAAAUUCAACCCCAUAUUGGAAACAUUGUUUCUACGCCGCCUUCAGGGGCAAGGACCCCCACGCCACCUACUGGACUGACACCAACUCCAGGUUCACGAAGUACAGGGAGUACACCAAGAUGUCUUUCACCUGAAGAAGAUGACAAUGGAUUGAGUGAUGAAGAAGGACUUAAAGCUACUGUUGAUGCUCUUAAUGAUGUCAUUCAGAAAUUCACAUUAGAGAAACGAAUAUGUGAUGACAUUGCAAGAAGACUCCAAAUUAUGUCCAAGAUGUGGUUGGAAGGAAAACUGGGAAAAACGGUCAAAUCCAGAAUGAUCAAACUUGCCCAAGCUCUGGAUAAUGGUAAUGGGGAAGAAGCUCAUCAUAUUCAUGUCAGCAUUAUAGUUGAUCAUGUCGCUGAGGUGAAUCAAUGGAUGGUUGCAGUGAAAAAACUUAUAUCAUUGGUUCGACAUCAAGCAGCUACCAGCUCUUGACAAAUCCUGUAUUUUACUAUAGAAUCUAGUUUACUGAAUAAAUUAGACCCACCAUGAUGUGGACAUACAGGAUGCCUGCCUUCCCAAAGGCCUAAUGAUCAGAAUAUCAUGGAUAUUUCAAUGAAUGAUUACUAGGGAUUCAAAAUAUGGUAGAUCAACUGAAUGUGGUUUUAUUUAUACAUAUGAACAAUAUAUUAUAGUUGUACAAUCAACAUCAACGUUCCUGUGGAACAGCUCCAUGGCCCUGGGUAUUCACAGACAUAUCAAAAUAUCAAGAAGUAAUGUAUACAGAACAAUAAUUACAUAAAAUUAGAAUCUCUUAUCAAGAGAACCAGAAAUUCUCAAUUGAAGAACAUUUUAAUAUUUUAAUGUAGGUACAAUAGGAAAGUUUUAGCAAAAUUGCAAAAUGUGUGCACAUAGUUGUUUGUUUCUUCAUUCUAUGCAAAUCAUAACGAGUAUUCAAAAAAGCUCAAUAUUGUCAACUUUUGUUCAAUUUAGAUUAGAAUUAGUGUUGCUAAAGUUGCACUCUGUAGAUUGUAGAGACGAUUUAUCAUGGUGAAAAGCUUAAGAUGAAAUAUGGAAUUCAAAAUAGUUAAUUUUAUUUUUUUAGAAUUUCAUCUUAGUCUUAGAGCCAUGCCUAAGACAUUCAUUAAAAGCAAUUUGAAUGRUACUAAC